AUGGCAGCGUGGCCCACCUCGUUCACUUCCUCUUCGUGGGGAGGAACAGGGACGAAUGGAUCGUCCUCGUUCACUUCUCUCAGCGCGGCGUCUUCUUUUACAGGGGGAGGUGGGACCACUCUAGGCGGCAGCACGCCCUUUUCUGGGGGUCAAGCCGCCUUUGGGUCGGCGUCUGCUGGCCAGCCGAGCCUCUUUGGCACAAACUCCACGCCACACAACCCCUUCUCUGGACAGUCGUCUUCCGUUCUUGGCUCUUCUCUCCUCAGUUCCUCUCCUUUUGGUGCUCCCUCCUCUUCUCUUUUUGGAUCCGCUUCUUCUUUCGGAUCGUCGGCUCUCUUCGGUUCUUCGUCCUCUUCCCCUUUCGGCUCUUCGUCCUCCACCCCUUUCGGUUCUUCGUCCUCUUCGCCUUUCGGUUCUUCGUCCCUUUCGCCUUUCGGUUCUUCGUGCUCUUCCUCCUCUUCCGCUUCUUCCUCUUUCGGUUCUUCUACUCUUUUUGGGUCUUCCGCUUCUUCUCCGUUCGGCUCAUCUUCUUCCCCGUUCGGUUCCACUUCUUCUUCUCUCUUCGGCGCUUCGGGCACUUCUUCGAAUUCCCUCUUUGGCGGGUCUCUCCUCGGCGGCGGAGCUGGCGGAAACACCGCGCCGCCCUCUUCGAGUUCUGCGCCGACCCAUGACGCCGGCCAGAGUGCGAAAUCUGAAGGCGAGAAGUACAUCGACGCGUGGAAGAAUCUCGAGGCGGCAGCCAAGGGAGGCGUCUGGCCUUUCUCCAGCUUCGGCGUAUCGGAGGGCGAGCGCUUGUUUGCGGGUUUGGACAUCUCACCAGAAGAGCACCGUUUCCUCUUUUAUCAGAGAAACCCGGCGGACUGGCCAGGUCUGGCCGAGCAGAUUGUGACCAGUCAGCUCCAGCAGCUUCAACAGUUUCACGGCCUCGUGCGAGAGAAGGCCGUCGCCGAGCGUCUCGCCUUCGAGGCCCCGCCGCCCUCGGUCGACUUUCUCCGGCCUUUUCUCGCGGCGAAUUCGCUGUCUCUUCAAAGUGCCCCGGUCGUCGCUCCGCAGCUCGACGCGGUUCAGGCGCUCUCCUCGCUAGGCGCCUCCAAUCCGCCAGAAGGGCCAGGGACUGGAACACGACCCUCCGAGGACGCCGCACGCGCAGCAGCCAGAGACGCCGCCUUCUCUGCGCCGCAGUUCGAGCCUGGCAAAAUCCCCGACGUUCCUCCUCCUCGAGAAGUAUGCUGA